GUAUAAGUUUGAAUGGCAUUGAAUGUAGAGUUGAACUCUCAAUCAGUCUAGCUUAAACGAUAUCCAGUGAGCGACGAAAAAAACUAUACACACGAUUCUGAUUGUUCAAUCAUAAAAUAAAGCAUUCGAAAAUGAACACGAACAGGAACUCGCCAUUAGAGAUUCCGCCUCUCAUAUCAAUAUCUUGUUCUGUACCAAACAAGUGUCAAGAAAUGCAAAAGAAGAUUGUAAAGGGAAAAAGAUAUCUUCAAGGACCGGAAUAUGAGGAUGAUGUCACUGGUCCAAUGGACUUUCGCUUUAAGUUUAAUGUUGACAGCGCAAACAGUAAUUAUGUCUACUCACAGAAACUGCAAAGCGUUUACUUACGUAUGUGUUAUCCACUAGAAAUUAAAUUCUAUUGGAUCUCGACGUACGAAUAUUUGUUCUUGAAUUCAGCAAUGAUCUACGACGAAAAGUGUCAUGUAACGAUUCCCGUCCAACGAUGCUUAGAACAUAUGUGUUGGCCAUCGUCACAGAAUAUUGGAAUCGAUGGCCAUAAAUUUCGACACGUAUUCAAAAUUUCGAAUCCUGUUAAUUCGAGUGUAUCGAACUAUGGAGCUGAUCUUAGCGGGAUACUUACUACCAGGACUUCGUUGAAACCAGAGAAUGUCAAAGUUUGGCUUUGUUAUAAAUUUUUCUGUAAAAGCAAUUGUUUGACUGGAGCUAACAGAAGGUCUAUCAAGAUGCUUUUCCUACUUGAAAAUUUAAUGGGAGUUGUUAUUGCUAAACGAUCUCUGUUUGUAAAAAUUUGCGCGCUUCCACAGCGUGACAGGCAGCGCGACGAAUACCGCAUACAAGGGAGCUCGAGGAAACGGAGAGCAAAAAAGUGUAAAUCACAGCAGCAAUCUUCCUUAACUCCGUUUUGGCUAAACAGCUCUUCGAAUGAACAUCAUUCGAACGAAGAAGUAUACUCUUUAAACAUCGAUAUUCUGGGCGAGGAAAACUACAAGUCGGUACUCAAAUAUGCUUACGAUGUGAUGGCAGCUCAGGCCAUUCGCACUGGCAAUCAUGAGCUAUUUAAGCCGCACAUGGAUGCGGCCUUGAUUAAAGAAUAGGAAGGAUGAUGACUAAGUAGUUUAUUAAAGUAAAUCUGUUAAAAUUAUUCCAAAGCGUUACAAAAUAGUAUUAAAAUAUACUAAAUGAUUCCAAAUACUUUGUAAAAAAUUUUUAAUUUAGAGGUAUCUAAAAUUCAAUUGAAGCAAAUUGUUAUUUGUAUUAUAGUAAUUUAGUAUUAUAGUAAAUAGUUUUAUAUCUUUAUCGACACUCAUGAAUAAGUAUCUUUUUUGAAUAAUUUGUGUUAAUGAUAUGACGAUUAUUUAAUAAAAUUAUUAUU